CACCAACACCCAUUAGUGGAAAAGCAACAUCCCCCAGUCUCACCUUCGUUUUUUACUGAGAAAGAUUUCAAGGAAGAAAGGAAAGGAGGAUUUUCUCGAGCUCUUCUUCGAUGGCGCCCAGGAAACGGAAGGCCGACGAAGACAAAAUGGAGCCGGAAGCCGCCGCGUCUGUUAGGGUGACUCGGAGCAUGGCUAAAGCUAAGGGAGCACCUUCUAAGUCUACCGCGUCAACUAGGGAGUUACCCAAGCCCAGGAGUAAGAAAGCGAAAGCCGUGGAGAAUGCUAAGGAUACUGGUGAAUCCGCAAAGGAGGUUGGUCCUGAUAGGUCAAAGAAUAAGACUAUUGUGGUUGAGCAUUGCACACAAUGCAGGUCGUUCAAGACAAGGGCUCUUGACGUGAAAGGUGGUCUUGAGAAAGGAGUUCCUGAAAUCAACGUGAUACUGAAUCCUGAAAAGCCGAGAAGAGGUUGCUUCGAGAUACGGGAGGAAGGUGGCAAGACAUUCAUCAGUCUCUUGAAUAUGAAGAGACCAUUUGAGCCAAUGAAGAAACUUGACAUGGAGAAAGUUGUCUCUGACAUUAUUAAGGAGAUCAAAUGAUUAAGGCAAUCUUUGCAUGUGUAUUCUUGUUCAAUCAUGGGAAGUUUUUUGUGUACUGUCCAAAUUUAACCAAGUUAGUCAGGCUUUUGUGGUAGAAAUUCGGGCUGCUAGGACAGAUUCCUGUAAUUGGUUACUUUUAGUGCAUUAUUUCUUUAUUUUUCUAAUCUCUGGUAGGACUGAUUACUGUUGUAGGUUUCUUAUGGUUUAUAUUUCUGAAAUUUUUCUGAUAUGGCCAAGAUGAACUUCAAUA